GUGGUCCCUCGGGGACUCUCGACGACGACGACGACGACGACGGGCAGCAGCGCCAGCGAGCGAGCGAGGCAUCGAGAGAUCGACAGACAGGUCGCUCGUCGCUGUUCAAUCCUGUCUAGCCCAUCUCCGUAAGCGCGCGCUGCCGCGGCCGCUUUUCUGCCCGUGGUUUCAGGACGACAUUCGCUCAUUCACGCAGGCUUGAAUCGAAUUCGGGAGGAUUCCUUGCAGAGCUCGGAGAGGGACAGAUUUUUCGGAUUUGGGGUCGUUUUCAGAGCUAAUAGAGACGAAGGAAGAAGGGAAGAAAGGGAGGAAGGGGUUGCUUAUUACCCUAUGGAUUGCCGGUGAGGAAGUACCGCGGAGGCAGGCAUUAAUUGGGGAUGGCUACUUCAGGGCGGUCAGCUCCACCACCUAAGCCCUGGGAGCGAGCUGGCACAUCCGCUGGAAGUAGUGGGCCUUCUCCCUUUGCUCCUGCGUCAAACACCAACAGCACCGCAGCGACGGUAGCAUCGUCAGGAACAGCCACCAGUGAAGCACAAAAGGAGGAGGUCGCUAGGAAUGCACAGAAUGGAAGUGGUACUGCAGUUGGGCGGCCUAUGCCUCCUAGACCUUGGGAGACAAAUGGCACUACCGCAGGAUAUGGCACCGGUGGUUACGGUACCGGCACAAUGAGUUCAUACAAUCGAAUGGGCUAUGGCAGUACUGGCUACGGAGGUGGUGGUAUGUACGGAAGUAGCUACGGGAGCACUGGAUAUGGAAGUGGCGGGAUGUAUGGAAGCAGCCUUGGCGGGAUGGGUGGUUAUGGAAGCGGAAGUAUGUACGGGGGUGGUGGUUACGGGUCAAGUAUGUACGGUGGUGGAAUGUAUGGAAAUAGAUAUGGCGGAGGGAUGGGAGGCAUGGGAGGUAUGGGAGGCAUGGGUGGGUACGGAAUGGGUGGUAUGGGAGGAGGGUAUGGAAUGGGCGGUAUGCCAGGCGAUCCGAACAAUCCCAAUGGAGAGCCACCUCCUCAAGCUCCCGGAUUUUGGAUCUCAAUGCUUCAAGGGUUGCAAGGUGUGAUGCACUUCUUUGGGCGCCUUUCAAUCCUUGUGGAUGAGAACACUCAGGCAUUUCACUUCUUUAUUACAGCUCUCCUCCAGCUUUGUGAUCGGGCUGGAGUGCUGUAUGGUGAGCUUGCUCGGUUCGUGCUUAGAUUACUUGGGUUCCGGACUGGUGCGAAAGCACGAGCUCGUUCGAAGGCAGCUGCUAGAGCUCUUGAGGGUGGAGACAUGCACCCAGGGCACCAACCUGGACAGGAUAUAAUUGUCAAACCUAACGCUCCGGAGCCGGCAUGGGACAAUAUGUGGCCAGACAACGGGCCAUCCUCGUAAUCCACCGUCCUACUGUCUUCAUGACUACAAUACACUCUUCUUGGAGCCCUCAUUUUCUCGAAUCGAACAGGCUGUUACGGUUUCUCAGAGCGGACUGUGCCAUCUAUUUUCUAGAUGUAGCCUUGCUACGACUGAAUGAGAUCAAAUGGUCACUUUGGUGGAUCAAGACCGAUCUUCAGCAAAUGCAAGCAAACGAAGGAGAAAAUAUGCGAAUUGCUGUAUCGGAAGCAGAUUCUUGAAUCGGACCCCGUCGCUCAUGUAGCUUUGAGUCACAGGGUACUUGAUUUGUAAUUUAGUACGGGAGGUUUUGAGGAUGUUCUUUAAAACCUUAGGUUGAUCGAAAAUUAUAAUCGAUUGAUAUAAUUUAUUAGCUAGAUGUAUGCAGCAGUCCUAUUGUUUGUGACAGUCUAGUGGUUGGGUGGUUCUUAGCCCCUUGGUGGUUAGGUUGUAUAUGAUGAACAUGAGAACUUUAGCUUUAUAAUCGAUUGCUACUUGCAAAUUUGUGCUUUGAGUAAAUCGUCUGCUAUCCACUUGCUGUAGAAAGUCAGGUCAGGGAAUCGAAAAGUACAUUGCUUAGGCUUAAGAUUGUCGCUAGAAAGGUACCGUAGACGUCUCCAGAAUAAGAUUGUUGUGCACGUUAGAGGUGAAUAUGACGUGUCUUGUGGCUCCUAUAUAAAACAUCCUAGUGGAUGCCAGCUCCAGCGAACGCCAGCUCAAGUUUGUGAUGUCCUUGUUUG